AUUGUGAGUGGGUCGUUACGGGUAAAAUGCAACGCCGUGGACUGAGAUGAGUUUUCCGCGCUAGUUUUUCCUAAUUGCUUGUAAAGUGUUUGGAAUAUGUUCACCGAAUCUUUAGCUUCUUGCAAUAUCAUUACAUUUUUUAUUGGUAUUUCGGAAAUAUGUUUCAUGACUGCACCUGUAGGCGAUUGCCUGCACUGCUGUCCCAGAAACGAUGCCCAGGACAUCCAGUUCAGACUUUUCACCAGGUCGAAUCCAACCGUCUUCGAGCUGAUACCGCAGGGCGACGCGAACGCAUUACGUCGCACGUCCUUCAACCCUGUUAAUCCGACUGUCAUUUAUUUGAUGGGCUUCUCUGAGACAGUCGCUGGACCCAGUACAAUCACCUUGAGAGAUGCACAUUUGUCAACCGGCAACUACAACUUCAUAUCUGUGGAUUGGUCACGCCUCAUUGCAUUUCCCUGGUACAUAACAGCAGUUCGUAACACUCGUUACAUGGGAGUCCGAAUGGCAGACUUUGUGCAGUUCCUAUCUUCCGUGGGGGUACCACCAGCUUCGCUUCACGUCAUCGGGUUCUCGUUAGGGGCAGAAGCAGCGGGCUUUGGCGGUAAAGAGUUGAGACGACGCGGUAUGCUGCUUGGUAGAAUUACUGGCUUGGAUCCUGCUUACCCGGGCUACAGGCUAAGCAACGAUGAUGGUCACCUAUCUCGUGGCGACGCUUCCUUCGUGGACGUCGUCCACACUAACCCUGGCAUCUUCGGUUUCCCUCAGCCCAUCGGUGACGUGGACUUCUACCCUAAUCCUGGAAAUUGGAUCCAGCCUGGUUGCUGGUUCGACCAGCUUAUUAGGAACGGACAGUUUCAAUUUGCGUAUGGUUGCAGUCACAACCGCGCGUGGCGUUAUUAUGCGGAGUCGCUGUACAAUCCCACGGGGUUCCCGGCUACACUGUGCCGGGAUUGGAAGUCUCGAGGCAACAACUGCAACUUUCAAGUCCACGGACAUAUGGGCGUUGGUGCAAGAAGGCCGAUGAUCGGGAAAAUGUUUUUGGAGACGAACGAGAAACCUCCCUUCGCGAAAAAUGGACCAUAGAUAUUUACUUAAAACAUAUUUAUUACGUAAUAAUUGAGUGCCAAUACAUCAUCGUUUGUUUUUCGUUAUGUUCUACAUAUUCGAUUUAAAUAAUGUUACAAUUUUUUAAAGUGUUACAAAAUUUGUAAACAUCGUGUUUUACAG